GAAAGGGCUGUAGGGGGAGGCAGUGCGAGCCAGCCCCGACUGCUCCUCCUCUUCCUCCUCCUCCUCCAAACUCGCAGGGCUCAGCCCCAGCGCUCGCUCAGCCGCCGGGAGCACCCGGAGGGACCGGAGGCAGCCGCGCGGCCCCGAGCUGGGCAGGGUCCCCGGCCGCCAUGGAUAGCGACGACGAGAUGGUGGAGGAGGCAGUGGAAGGACACCUGGAUGACGAUGGAUUGCCGCAUGGGUUCUGCACAGUCACCUACUCCUCCACCGACAGAUUUGAGGGCAACUUUGUUCAUGGAGAAAAGAAUGGACGUGGGAAGUUCUUCUUCUUUGAUGGCAGCACCCUGGAGGGGUACUACGUGGACGACGCCCUGCAGGGCCAGGGCGUCUACACUUACGAGGACGGCGGCGUUCUCCAGGGCACCUACGUGGACGGAGAGCUGAACGGCCCAGCGCAGGAGUACGACACGGACGGGCGCCUGAUCUUCAAGGGGCAGUACAAAGACAACAUUCGCCAUGGAGUGUGCUGGAUCUACUACCCAGAUGGAGGCAGCCUUGUAGGGGAUGUCAACGAGGAUGGGGAGAUGACUGGAGAGAAGAUAGCCUAUGUGUACCCUGACGAGAGGACUGCGCUUUAUGGGAAAUUCAUUGAUGGAGAGAUGAUCGAAGGAAAACUGGCCACGCUCAUGGCCACUGAAGAAGGGAAGCCUCACUUUGAACUGAUGCCUGGAAGCUCCGUGUACCACUUUGAUAAGUCGACUUCAUCUUGCAUUUCAACCAAUGCUCUCCUUCCAGAUCCUUAUGAAUCAGACAGGGUUUAUGUUGCUGAAUCUCUCAUUUCCAGUGCCGGAGAAGGACUAUUUUCCAAGGUAGCAGUGGGACCGAAUACUGUUAUGUCUUUUUAUAAUGGAGUCCGAAUCACACACCAAGAGGUCGACAGCAGGGACUGGGCCCUUAAUGGAAACACCCUCUCCCUCGAUGAGGACACAGUCAUUGAUGUGCCUGAACCCUACAACCACGUAUCCAAGUACUGUGCCUCCUUGGGACACAAGGCGAACCACUCCUUCACUCCAAACUGCAUCUACGAUAUGUUUGUCCACCCCCGCUUCGGGCCCAUCAAAUGCAUCCGCACCCUGCGAGCAGUGGAGGCCGACGAGGAGCUCACGGUUGCCUACGGCUAUGACCACAGCCCUCCUGGAAAGAGCGGGCCUGAAGCCCCCGAGUGGUACCAGGUGGAGCUGAAGGCCUUCCAGGCCACCCAGCAAAAGUGAAAGGCCUGGCUCCGGAGUCCAGAGACCUGGAAUAGAAACUUGGAUCUAUGCACUACGUUUAUCCAACAAUGGGACAACCAGGGACUGCUCAUGCUGUGACAUCACAUCCUCUCACCCUGCGUUAGCAACGACUUUCUCGCAUACUAACUAGGUUUGACUGUAUUACUCAUACCAGAUUUAAAAUUAGCUAGCCUUGCAACAACGUCUUACUGAGAGGUCUUGCCGAGCGCUGACACAGACAGCACCAUGUACUUUGGUGGUUCAAGUCUAAAUCUGUACCACGUUCAGAGAUGCCAAAUGAUUAGACUGAAAAAGGGAAAGGGGUUUUUUUUUUCAGUCAUUUUUUUGUCGGGGGUUUUCCAUGAUGUUUUUCCUACGGCCAAAGCAGACUGUGUCGUUGCACUUGUCUUUGUGCCGUGCUGGAGUAGAGAACGACGACGACAUCUUUAUUCUCUCAAUGUAGGAUAAUUUGCCUUUUAACCUUUGAUCUGUAUCUUGCAAUAGAAUGGCUUUGUUUUUUUUUUCCUAGUGAACAGAAGCCCACUUGAGUUACUCUUCUCAUUUCCUAUCGUAGAUGCCCUUCACAGGAGAAACUUCCACAUGGAUUCUGCAUCCGUGGCAAUGUGUACGUCUCUCUGGUUCUUUCUAUAUCAUUAUUUCAUUAUUAUGCCCUAAUAUAAGUACUGGCUCCUAAGGCCAGGAUAUUACUAUAGAAUUAUUAUUCUCGCAUGUAAACAAAGAUAUCUUUGCUUUCCGAUGUGAGAAGAAAUGAAUUUGCUUUGUUUGCAUUAAGUUAUGGAAGAGUUGUAAUAUAUACCUUAAGAAAGAAGAGAGGAAAAUUAGUUAUUUCCAAGCAGUAACUGUGGCAAUUUUGCAAUAUCUUCAAUAGUGCUAGCGACUCUUUUUUCUCCCUGGGUACACAUUACAUGUACAUAACCUAGCACAGCCUAGCUUGUGGUGCCCAGUGCAUUGAAUUCAGAAGUCAAACAGAAAACUUGAGUUCUAAUGCAGAAUUCAAAAAUUUAUUUUAAAUCAGUACUAUGAAAGCAGACAUACUGAUCACUAGGUACAAAUCAAACCUUAAUGCUAAAACUCUUCCUCGUUGUAAUUUCAAAGCACUUACCUGUAAGCUAAGAGUUCACACCUGCAUACUUUAAAAGCAUUAUUGAUAGCAUUUCAGCCAUUUCACAAGCCAUGUAUAAUCACCACUUCAGAAAUAAGGAAAAAAACCCUGUUUUUUAGUUUAGCAUAUUAGAUCUGUAACAUAACUGGGGUUGCUCUGAGUGAAUUCUGAGAGCUGUCAUUUUUGAUAAGCCCCCUCAUCACAUGCCAUGGCUCUGUCUUCUUUAGCCGCCUGGACAGAUGAGGUGGCUGGAAGGCCUGGGAGCAGCAGUUGUGCCAGUCUGCAGCUGUCAACUGUGCCACCUGUCACCUCUGUCGGUUUGGUCUUGAAAGCUAAUGCCUUCCAAGUUGUGCAGAGAGCUCCAACUGAUGAGAGAUGCUUGCUGGGAGUGGGAGAGAGUGAGGAACCCAGCAGAGGAAGUUCCCUGUUGGUUGUCAGUGACACGUCGUUCUCACCAAGCCUUUGACAAAAGUGCUUGAUUCGGGGCUGCUCCCGAUUUUUGGUUGAGGCGGCCUCUGGGCUCAGGGUUCAACCCUCAGGACAGUGAAUGACAGGGCUGCUCUUCUCUUUGCAAGGACAGGCUUCCUGGAACAUCCAGCUGCCUCCUCUGCAGCUAGAUGGCAGUGGUUUCCGGAGAAUCCAGUUGGAUCCCUGUUUAUGAGCUUGAGCUGCCAGUUCCCACAGGAGAGGAAGUUGUCAGGCUUCCAGAAAGAUCUCCCAAUAGAGUUUUUAGAUGAAAGGCACCAGGAUAGGAUUGCUUCUAUUCUGUAGAAAGAGACUGGUCUGUGAACUGUGACAGGUGGGCGAAGGCUCUGGAUCUGUAUUUGAUAGGUGCUUUAAUUUAAAUGUGUCCCAAAGUGAGUGACUGUCUUCAGGAGAAAGAUGGCUUUCAUCCACCCCGUCAUGACCUUGGGCAGUGAAACCUGGGCUGGAGGGGAGAAUGCAGGUCACGCCUCCUCACAGCUGGCUCAGUCAUUUCGUGCCUGAGGAUGGGUGGGCCUGAGGGUGGUUUCAGUGGGGUAUCAUUUCUAUUCUAAAGGGCUAUUCUUAUCCCAUUCAAAUGGGAUUUUUUUUAAAUAUAUAUUUUUUGGAUAAAUGGGAUUGGAGAGUUGUAAGUUAAUUGAUUAACCAGAUAAUCAAUUCUCCACAUCAGUGAAUGCUCACAGUCUGGGUUUAAAAUCUAGCGGUUGUCUGUGACCUUGCAACAAAUCAGAGGAAAUCUCUCUGUGUCUUUCUCCCUCUUCUCAUACUCACCUGUCUUCUAGCUCUUGUGUCUCUUUCCUCUUCUCUCUCCGUGCAUGAGAACUGCCUGGGCUUCAGUGUGGAAUGAUAGCGCCAGCCCAUCUCUUUCUCCAUGCAGAGAGCCUCUCCUCUCUUACUAGUCCUCUCUCUCUCUCUCUCUCUCUCUCUCUCUCUCUCUCUCUCUCUCCCCCUCCCUCCCUCCCUCCCUCCCUCCCUCUCCUUCUCUCUCUCUCUCUCCCAAACUUCUGACUGUCACAGUUGGCACUCAGGGGGUGGAGAUUCACUGUGUUGGUAGGUAGGUAAAGAAGUUGAUGGGGUGGGGUUUCCAUGAAGAAUUCACUGUUGAGGAGGUAGGGGUUUGUUACUUGGUUGAACCAAAGUGGAAAAGCUUCAGAAUGUAUUUUUCUGCUUUACAUCCUUUACAAAAGAACAUAGUCAGGAAGCAACUGAAUCAAGUGGCCUUAGCAUAGUAUCUCCCACAUAUGGUGCAGAAUAAGGACUUGUGCUGUCCCAAAACAGCCAGCACCUGUGUGUGCAUGACACCCUGGGGUCAAGGGGAUUCACUCGGAGCUCUCAAGCCAAUCCCUGCAUGACUAGACCUUGCCUUAGCAUCUUUUCUAUUAUGAAUAUUAUCUUGUGUUAGAGUUAGGAAUAGGAACUAAUCUGUAAGAGCAUGUCCCCAAAUUGGCAUUUGUGUGGACUAACAAGAGCAACAGGGAGGAUUGAAUUUCUGACACAAAGGAAUGGUGAAAUUAACAGUGACCGCUGAGGAGGACUUGAGCUUUGUAGUACCUAUUCUGAUUUUAACCAGCUUCACCCCUGGUCUUCCUGAGCACCUGAGAAGGGAACUCGUUUUUCAAGAUCUCUUUGGACCUAUCUGGGAAUAGAGUUCAACCUCUUUGCCCUGUAGGUUGAUCAAACUUGAAAAACUAUUUCCUCAUCAUGAACAACCUGAAGUAGCCAACAAGGCCAAAUAUAACCAUUUGCAACAUUUAAUUGUAACAAAAGAAGAUUUCACUGGGCUGGGGACUAGCUCAGUGGCACAGCAUGUGCCUAGGAAGUCUGAGGCCCUGAGUUUUAUCCCCAGCACUGGGAAAAAAUAAAAUUGCAUUAAUUGUGAACAGUGAAGUAAAGGGUUGUCUUAGUGAGACAGUAUGUGGCACUUUUAGUAAUUUUCAUUUAAUAUGUAAAAAAUUAAAUCACUCAGUGCAAAAUGCAUUUAAAAUCCUCCAAGAAGACAGAGUUCUCUGUUUUGUUUUCAAACCCUUGCCUCAAGUUCUGUCUUAAGAGUAGUGAUUUAGAAUCCAGACAUCUUUUGUUGUAGAAAAACAAGCAAAACUAUGUUGCAAGAUGGAUAGUUGUAAUGUUAAUUUGCCACAGAUCAAAGGUUCACAAAAUAUAUUAAAUUUACAUGUUCUUGAGGUACCUCAAUAGAUUGUUUCUUUUCUUGGAUCUUUCCUUGAGGAAUUUGGAGGUUUGGUGUCAGGUUUUGGGUUGUUUUUUGUUUGUUUGUUUUUUUUAAUUCUAAAUUAAAUUUUUUUUUCUUUUGCCAAAUGUGUGCGUACAUAUUCAAAGCAAUGAAACGAUUUCAAGCCAUACAACCACAGGGGUGGAAACCCUUUUCACAAAUUUUAAUGUGUUUGUAUGUAAAUAGAUGUUUGUAUGAAAUAUUUUCAUGGUAGAAUGAAUAUAUUUAAAUGAAGUUGAAUUAUUCCAGUGCUAUUUAAACACAUUACAAAAAAUUUUGGUGAGAAUUAUCUGAGUCUAUUGAGAUAUAAUGCAGAUCAAUUUUGAUUUUUAAAAAUCAAAAAGCCUACGCACGACUCUGACCGAGGCAGCCUCCUGUCGGUCUGUCCGUCUGUCGGUCUGUCCGGAGAGAGCCCCGUAGGCUUCGCCAGUGCCUCCGCCGCUUCCUGGUGGUUAGUUUGGUGCUAAUGAAGGUGUGUCCGCCUUUCAGUGACUCACUAGGGGCCCGGGAGCCAACCCGGGGCAGUAUCUGGAGCACAAUUUCUUUGCAGGGCAGCAGAAUCAGAAGCCAGACCUGGCCGGGUGAAGCCCGGCCACCAACCGCCACCCCUACUGCCUAGUCACAAUGUCAGGGAGGCUGCCCUCAGUGGAGUUGGGGCUCAGACCCCAGGGUGGGACUUCACGGUUUUGCCAGCGAUCCCUGCCUUCUGACCUCCACCUCCCAGGGAGGGAGGGGAAGGCAGCCGCCGGCCAGGGGCGCAUUUCUCAGCACAGCCCAUUCCCUGUCUCAGCUCUGGAAGACUAUGCACCCCAGCACCAAACUUCCAACCAGAGAGAGAGACGUCCUCGGAUAACGGGAAUCCUUGCUUCCUCUGCUGUGACUUUACUCACAGUUGUUAGAAGUCAUCCAAAUAUCAAGACCACUCCCAUCCCUAGGCAUACCUCCCAGCCCCCUGACUCUUGAGUUACUGGGGGGGGGAAAAAAAAUCCUUUAUAGUGACAUUGGACUUGAGUGGGUUGUUUUGUUCUUGUUCAUUUUGGUCCUGGAUAUAAUGAAAUAUAAAUAUGACAAAUUUUCACUGUGUAUACUAGCAAUAUGAACACACAUGCCAAUGUCUCCUAACAGAUCUACUUGGUUACAUUUUGGGGUUACUCUACUUAAUCUUGAUUGCUGUAUGGAGAAAUGACAGGGAUGACAUAAAUGCCUGCUUAUGGUAUAAGAAAGUUAUUUCCAUGAUUCUGAGCUCCCUACUUUAAAAGUUUUUCCUCUCUGUUCUCUUUUUCUCCUAAAAAUGCAUUUUUUAGGUUGUGAGGUAUGUUUAAGGAGUGGAAGCCAGGGGGAUGCUUCCCGGCAUUCGCCGCAACCAAAAGUCAACCCCAUCUCAGUUAAGAAGCAUCUUUGGUCUUUUGUGGAAUUUGAACUAAAUCUAUGAGCCUUAUUCAAUAUCUAUAAUUCUAUGAUUUUUUUAAAUUAUGGGAAAUUAAUGGAAGAUGUUUACAUGAGUAAUGUUUGCCCUUACUGUGUUAUGAAUGAAUUUUUUGUAGCGUGUCUGGGUGCAUGUGCAAGAGAGUAGGAAAAAUGUUUCUGAAACAAAACUUGACAAAUAUUUGUAAUGAAAAGUAAAUUUAAAGAUUGCUAUAAUUGCGCUAUAGAAACAAUGCAAGUAUUAAACAAAAUAUACAAUCA